AUGGCCGACCCCGCGAGCAACAACAACAAUCCCGCCGGCCGGCAACAGAGAGCCGGGCAGCAGUCGACAGUCACCCCAUUGCAGUUAUAUAUGCGGCACGACUCGCGGCCAAACGAGUCCAUCGACAUUGAGCGAUUGCUCUCGUCAUCUUUCUAUCCCGGUGCCUCCUCCAACUACAAUUUCAACGACCCGGUACCUACAGAGCUCCCUCCCCUCUUCCCCUCUUCCCAAUUGGCGACGGCUAACAUCCCCCGCGCAAAGUCGCCAUCCAACAGCUCAAAUACCAUAUUCAUCCCAGACGAUGACGGCGAUUCUCCCAGCCUGCACGAAGUAGAGUCCCCGGAUGAUGAUGCAUCUGCAAAGAAUAAGAAUAAGGCGCCUGCGCAAGGUAAAGCUGGCGGCGCAAAAAGAAAAACCGAUGCCGACCGCAGCGAGGGGCCAGGCGAGCGCCGCCGAAAGCAGAUUCGUGAAGCACAACGCGCAUACCGACAGCGAAAAAUAUCACAGACAGCCUACCUCGAGGAGAGGGUUAAGCAGCUAGAAAGCGCCAUUGAGAACAUGAGCUCUGUGGUGCUCUCCUUUAGCGAGGAGCUCAUCGGCUCCAACAUCCUCUCCUGCCAGAGCGAACUCACAGGCCGGCUCCGGGAUGCCCUGGCGACGUGCCUCACCCUAGUCCGCGAGACCGGCAAUGGGCAAACGGAGCCGGAGCCGGCAGCCGGGCCAAGUUCCCAGCCCAAUAUGGCUCUCGUGCCGUCGAUCCCGCCCACAGUGCCCAACAAGCCCGCCACCGUCAAGAAUAUCUUUGGCAACAAGCCCUACCCCGACAUGAACACGAGCAUGGCCGUCUCCGACUUCAUGGACAUGCUCGCGACCUCGGUCGUCUAUUACGGCUAUCUAGCCCUCGCAGACCCCACGCUCUCGACGACGCGCCUCCACCGCCACUUUGGUCUUCCGCUGCAGAUCAUGACGCGCGACAAGCUGCUGUCGUACUUUUCCGCCAUCUUCCAGACUCGCAUCUCCCAGACGUUCAAUCAUGCCAACUUCCCGGCCAAGCCCGGCAUGCCCUUCUUCAGCAUCGGCGGCGCCGGCACCCACUACUCGCCCGCCUUUGCCUCAAGCUCCGCGUCGGCGCCGCUCUCCCUGCCCUGGGCCAACACGGCUGACCAGUCCGAGACGUGGUCGGUGCGCAACAAUGCCUGGACCGUCCCCAUGGACCCGGCUAAUGUGCCGGCGAAUAUGCAGGACCGCUUCGAGGGCGACUGGUUCGACAUGCAGGAUCUGGAGCUUUUCCUCAUAGAUAAAGGCGUGAGCCUGCGCAUGAUGCCCAGUAAGGAGUCUAUAGAUGACAUAAAUGUUCCCUUGUUUUUACGAGGGUUGAUGUUGAAUUCGACCUGUUUAGGUCAGUCUCCGGGGUUUCGGCGUCGCGACGUCGAACUGGCAAUUCAAGCCGCCCAGUGCGGAUCGCAGGCGUAG